AUGCGCGUGACGGGACCGUGCGGCGGGCCCCACGCGCCCUCGGCCCAUGCGCGCGGGUUUAUUGCAGCGUCGCCAAUCGCGCUGGCGAGGGCGGCGGCGGAAGCCGCGACCGCCGAAGGGGCCGUGUUCCGCAGGUGCCGGUCCGACCUUGCCGACCAGGCCGAGGCGGAGGGACGGGCCGACUCGGACCUCGGCCUGGAUCCGAAUGACGCCGAAGCCUUGGCCUGGCGGGACAGGAAUCGGGCCGAGGCGGAGCUGGAGGCGGCGUCGGUCCAUGCUUGGACCGACGCGGCGGCGGCAUGGGCGCGACCCGGCGCGGAGCCAGUCUGGCGCGAGAUGCCGGAGGGCACGGUGGUGGCGGCGACGGUCUUUGAGCCGUCGUCGGUGAGGGAGCGCGGCCGUGGAGGCCGAGCUGAGGUGGUGAUCCCCGAUCGGGGGGUCGUGGAGGUGGAGGAUGACACACCCCGCCGCGGGCCGACGUGGCCGAGCGAGCGGGGACUGAUGCAUCUCGACGCCUUCCGGGUCGCCGCCUACAAUCGUCUCCUGGGCAAGCACCGGGAGCUCGUGGAGCGGCUUGCCGCCAAGGAGGAGGAGCUCUGCAUCGCCGCAUCCGAGGUGCUGUCCUGGCGGACUCGUCUGCUCCGGGCCAGUCAUCACUACGACUGGAUCGUUGCCGACACCGGCCGUCUUGGCGCCGAGGCGGCGCAGGCGAGGGCAGAGGCGGCCGCGGCUCGGCGGUCUCUCAACGAGGCCAACCGGCUGCAUGAGCAGCUGGCGGGUCACAAGAGCCGCCUCGAGGCCGAGGUGGAGCUCCUUAAGGCGGAAGCCGCCAAGGUGGCAGAGGCGCAGCAGGCCCUGGUGGAGGACCAGCAGCGCGGCCGGCUGGCCGACGACAAGGGCCGGCUCCAGGCCGAGGCACUCGAGGAGCGCGACCGCGCCAGCGAGCGGGAGCGGCGUGGUACGUUGCUUGAGGCGCAGCACCUGGAAGAGUCUUUCUCCAGGGCCUUCUCAGAGACGCAGCGGCUGGCGGAGGAAGCCGUCCACUAUCAGCGUGACCCGACCGACGUCGUUGGGUCCGGGAUGGAUCCGCGGGUGGCCUGGACCUUCCCGGAGAUCAUCGCCGCCGCUGAGGCCCGCCUGCAGGUUCUGGGAAAGCAGUUGGGCGGCUGUCCCAGGCCGGCGCCGCGAUGA